AUCGUCUCCAAAGGGAUCCCCAUGAACGCCAGAAUGAUCCACUCUCUGAGCGGGAAACAGUCUCCCAUCCCGUACGGGAGGAAAGGCCAGUACAUCCUGUCUGUGGACCGGGCCAACCUGAACAAGGAGCUGCUGACAGAGGCUGAAACGUAUCCAAACACGAAGCUGAACUUUGACCACAAGCUGCAGGACUGGAGCAGUGAAACGGGGCUCAUGACCUUUGUCAGGUCUGACGGGUCCAGGUCUCAGGUCCAGGCCGACCUGAUCGUGGGCUGUGACGGAGCRUUCUCCGCCGUCCGUAAACAGUUCCUCCGUCGCAGCCGCUUCAACUACAGUCAGACCUACAUCCCUCACGGCUACAAGGAGCUCACCAUGCCGCCGAGGGACGGAGAGUUUGCCAUGAAACCUAACUUCCUGCACAUCUGGCCACGAAACACCUUCAUGAUGAUUGCUCUGCCCAACAUGGACAAGACGUUCACCUGCACGCUCUUCAUGCCCUUUGAAGACUUCGAGAAGAUCACCACAGGAGAUGAGGUCAUCGAGUUUUUCCGGAAACACUUCCCCGACGCCAUCCCGUUGAUCGGAGCCGACGCCCUGAGGACAGAUUACUUCAGACUUCCUGCUCAGGCCAUGGUGUCCGUUAAAUGCAGCCCGUACCACAUCCAGGACAGAUGUGUCCUCAUGGGGGACGCCGCCCACGCCGUGGUGCCAUUUUACGGGCAGGGGAUGAACGCUGGCUUUGAGGACUGCAUCGUCUUUGAUGACAUCAUGAAUCAGUUCAAUGAGGAUUUCAGUUCUGUUCUGCCUGAGUAUUCAAGAGUCCGGGUCCCAGACGACCACGCCAUCGCAGAUCUGGCCAUGUACAACUAUGUCGAAAUGCGAGCGCACGUCAACUCCAAAUGGUUCCUCUUCAGGAAGCGUGUGGAUAACCUCCUUCACUUCCUCAUGCCCAAGACCAUCAUUCCACUUUACACCAUGGUCACCUUCACCAGGACCAGGUACCAUGAAGCUGUGCAGCGCUGGCACUGGCAGCAGAAGGUGAUAAACCUGGGCCUGCUGCUCGGUGCUGUAGGAGCAGCUGCCGGAGGCUCCUACCUGCUCGUUAAAAAUCCUCCAAACAUCAACAGGAUCCUCGUUCACGCUGAGCAUAUACGGAGCAAGCUGGUGUCUCUGAAGACCUCCUGAGUCCUGCUCCAGAUCUGAUGAAUCCUUCUCGUCUUAGUAGAUUUUAAUUAAACUGUCUAAGAAAUAAAUCUUUAAUUCAGAAUGACUCAGCAAAAAGCAGAGGUUUUGAUUAUAUUCAAUCAGUGAUAAAAGCUUCUGGUUUGAUGCCGACAGAUUCUAUUUAUCUGAGAGUUGACGCCUGUAAGACACCUGGACUUCUCCGUCAAUCUGAAGAUUUUUCAUUAAAGGGACCUUAAAUCAAGAAGUA